AAACAUCAUCCAGGAUGUGCAGUUCACGGCCACUUUCAUUCCCAUCAGAUCGUUUCAUUUGCUUCCAACAAAAUUUAAAAAAAAAGAUUUCCAGUAAAAAGAAAUGCAUAAAAGAACAAGGAGACCACCGGUCACCGUGUUAUCAGCCACGAGAUCAGAACCAAAUUGCAUUUUUCAUCGCCGUUAUCGUUUAAAAAUCAGACGGAAAUUAUUACGCGCCAUCGUGUUGGGAAGUGAUGACUCCGAUUGCCUCAUUGACGAUAUCCAGUUGGCUGCCCGUAUGGAAAUGGCAUUGCUCGAUCCACUUCCACGACCUCACACCGACAUCGCCAGAAUUUGGUUACGUUACUCAUUUCACGUUGCUGAUUAUUUCCAGAGCGAGAAGAUCGCUGCCAUUCAGCCAUCUUUACUGGAACGUGUCAGCCAAUCGAAGUUAUUACAACAGUCUGGAUGUCGUUCAGUUUGGGAGGAUUCGCUCGAGGUGGACAUUCGUAAAAGUUACAAUCGUUUUGUGAAGACGGCAGCCCUGGAUUUCAUCCUUAGCGAUGGCAGCUCUCUCAACUGGACUUGUAAACGUGACCAACCACUUCUAAUGGCCAAGAGUUGCCCACGACCAACUGAACGCCAUCGACCCAUGAUAGCCGUCCAACGUUCACUUGGUCGCAAGCUUUGCGUUCACCAUUUUUAUGGUAGCAAACUGAUCGCUCUUUGGUACAAGUUUAUCAGGCCGAUCGAGUGGCAAAAUUCAUCACAGCAAGACUACUGGGAAAUUGGCGAACUAAAAACCAAUUGGGAAAAACUAUUAUUAGCAGCCGAACGUCGGUUGGUCGAUGGAUGGCAGACAAUCGUCAAAAGCAUCGCUAAAUAUGCUUUGAGGAAAAAAGUGACUCUGCCAUCUGAUGGCAAUAUCAGUCUUAUUUGCCGGACGUUGGAUACCCUCGUCGGCCUAUUGCUCCAGCAAUGGCGAAAGGAAAGCAUGACCAAUUUUGGUCAAUGCUUGUAUCAAGACAGCUACUCUAAAAUAGAAAAUCAGAUGGUGUUUGUGAUUCACGUGGUGGUCAUCAACGGCCAGCUGAAAUUCGAACCGCCCGUCCACGACAUCAGCGAAGCUUGGGGCCAAUUUUGCGAUUUGCUGUCCGUGGCUGCCUACCGGGCACUUCAGUCCAGCAGCAUCGUUUUCGACAUGAUUAAAAAGCAAAUCAACGGCCAGACCCACACUGAUCAUAUUCCUUCUAUUAAGGUAAAAACACCUUCGGAAUUUUUGGACUACAUGCGCCAAGUGAUCGCAGAUGCUUUUCGAAAUGACGAAACUAUUCUGACUGGAGCUCUCGAGAAAUUCCUCGUCUUUGCUUGUUUUUUGAAAGAAAACUCGGAUGAAUUUGAAGAUUUGGAUAAACCAGAUGUCGAUUUCGACCUUCUUCGAGAAAGAAUCGAACAUUAUCGAGAGGUGCUCAAAACGAUAGAAGCCGAUUUGCCAUGCACGUUAUCUGUCGGUCAGCGUUACCUGGUCCAACUGGGAGGACUCAGGUCUGCUCUGGAAAACAAAAUCGCAUCGAUAAUCGACCAACUUCUCACGCGAUUCAGCAAGAACUUUACAUCUUCAGCCACCACUAUCUGUCAAGAUUAUGCGGAAUACGCUGACAUGGCCCUGACUGUGCCACAGACGACUGCACAAUGGAUCCAUCAGCGGGAUCAAGUGUGGCGAUUGGUGGAGACGACAUUGCCCGAAGCAGACGAUAAAAUCCUCAAGAUCCUGCGUUGCUACCUGUUCAUGUGCGACCAGAUGAAAGUGAACGAAACUCAUUCGGCACUGGCACGAGAGGUCAUCAUGUGGAAGAGACGAAUGAACGCGUCGCAAGUCGAACACGGUCGUCUGCUCAAACGGAAGAGAAUCGAACUAGAAGAGGCUCUUAAAAACAAACGCGGAAAAGUGGCUGAAAAUAUGACCGUCUACAACAACAUCAUGGAUAGCUUCCAGAAAAUGGGUGAUAUCGAAUCGCUGGGCCAGUACGUCGUACAGGCCCGAUCGCUUCUUUUCCGUCUGGAAGAAGCCAUCCGCAAUGUCCAAGGUAUUAACGAAGAGGAAGUUUAUUUCGAAUGGGAAGUCACCGAAUAUCCUACACUUGCCCAGGUCCGAGAACGUUUGACACCGUUCUUGAAUUUUUUCGAGAUGUCUUCGUCUUUCUUGACCCAGCAACAAAAUUGGCUGGACAGCCGUCUGGGAUCUUUCAAUCCGGACACGAUCGUUCGUGAAACGGAGAAUUUCUCUCAGAAUUUAGCGACGGUGGAGGAACAACUGCCAGAUGUUUCUGAUGUGCGCCAUCUGUUGAGCCAAGUGGAAACUAAAUUGCGCGAUUUCAAUAAAGUCUUGCCACUCAUCCGCACGCUGGGCAAUCCAGCUCUACGAGAACGACAUUGGGAGCAAAUCUGGGACACUGUCGGUGUCCGGCUGAGUUCCGAAGCGGCCACAUCGCUCCAGCAGUUACUGGCCUUGCAGCUCAACGAGCACUUGAAAAAGAUUGAAGUCAUUAGCAAUUCGGCAACGCAGGAAAUGUCAUUAGAAAACUCUUUACUCCGUAUGAAGAAUCAAUGGGUUAACGUGAUGCUGCCCGUCGAGAAUUACAGAGUGGGCGAAGGUAAAGUGUUGGGCAAGGUGGAUACAAUCCAACUGCUGGUCGAAGAUCACAUGAUGGAAACGCAGAUUAUGAGGAGAUCUCCUUACGUUAAACCGUUUGAGAAAGACGCAAAGGAAUGGGAGCAGCAAUUAAACGAUCUGCGGGUCCUUUUAGAACAUUGUGUUUUCAUUCAGGAUCGUUGGUGCAGCCUGGAACCUCUACUGACAUCGCCAGAUGUCCUCAGCAUCGCUCCCGAAGAGGCCCGCAAAUUCAGCGCCAUCGAUAAAAAUUGGAGGGAUGUGCUCGGUCUGGUUGCUCAAUGCAAACAAGUCUUUUCGCUCCUCUACGCCGAGCGGAUGAACGAGCGUCUCAAUGUUUGCAUCCAGCAGAUCCAGCAAUUAGAAAAGAAUCUGCAGAAUCUUAUGGAGAAUAAGCGUCUCCAGUACCCUCGCUUCUUCCUGCUGGCCGAGGACGAGCUGAAACGGCUUCUUUCCCUGUCCAGGGAUCCUCACAAAUUCGCUACUUGCCUCUGGCGCCUCUACGAGGGCGUCCACAAUUUAGAAUUCACCGCCGAGAACGACGUCACUCACGUCGUCUCGGCCACCGGCGAGCGGCUGGCCCUGAAAGAGCCCGUCAGCUACGCCAAAUGCAAAGGCCAACUGGACAAGUUCCUCAAUCAGCUGGAAGCCGUUCUCAAACAAACGCUCAUUCAGGUUAUUACGGAGACGUUGAAAGAUUUCGAUGGAACGGAUUCGAAGAUGCUUUUAUCGGCUCCGUCGCAAAUCGCCAUCUUGUCCGUCCAGGUGUACUGCACGAAUGCCAUAGACGCGGCCUUUGAAUCCGGCCGUUUAUUGCAAGACGACGUGGCUGGAAAACUCGAUUCGUUCCUCACUAAUUUGCAGAAACAAUUGGCCGCCUCGUCCGAUCCCGUUCAUCGUCUGACGGCCGAGUCCGUCACGCUGAUCGCUCUUUACUAUCGCGAUUUGUUACGCGAUUUGAUGUCGACGGAGGACCAAAGUGCGGCCGUUUUGGCCUGGGAAGGAUCCCUGAAAUUCCGAUGGAUCGAAAAUCGAGUCCAGAUUCACGUCCUGGACAUGUGCCUGGAAUACGGCAUGGAAUACAUCGGAUUGCCUCCGCGCAUGAUCGCCUACGCCGAUGCUAAACGCGUGGCCCUGAUCAUCAGCAACGCCCUGUGUCACCAUCUAGCGGGCAUUUUAGUAGGCGAACCUCGAACGGAGCUCCUGGAGAGUUUGUCGCACUGCCUGGGCCAGCGGUUGGUCCGUUUCGAUUGUUCUGCACGUGUCGGAGCUAGUGACAUCUUGCGGCAGAUCCGGGGAGCCACAACCUGCGGCAUUUGGUUGUGCUACAAUCGUCUGGACGACCUGGAAAGACCGACCAUAGCCUUCAUGACGUCCCUGUUGGUCCAGCUGCAAAACAUGGCGUCCACCACUCCACCGUGGCUGGAACUUUCCGAAUCCGGCAUGCCUCAAUACGGAAUUUUCUGUUUGACCGAGACAGCCGAGUACCAUCACAAAUAUUUCGACGCCAACCUCAAACGGACGACUAACCUCUCCCUGCCGGAAGUCGAUGCCCUGGCCCAGAUCCUCUUUCCUGGACCCUGGGCUGCUGUUGUUGGAUUCCUCGAUCAUUGCCGGAAGCCGGAAGAUAAAGACGAACAGCAAUCGUCUGCCAUUGGAAUUUUAAAACAAAUUUUCGCCACGUCCAGGAGGUCCAGUUUGAGCGCGGCUUUGGAUUCGUGGCAAUCGGCCCGGCUUCCGCUAGAUCAGGCGGCCGAUAGUAGCAAGAAAUUGAAUCAAAUCAUUCCGGGUGAUAAGCUGGUCAAAUCCGACUGGACCAAAGAUCCAGUGGUGAUGGCGUGUCCAGCUGCUUGCCAGACGUUGCGGCUCCACCUGACGGAGCAAAUCAAAUGGAAGUUGUCCCAUUUAUCUCAAGCGUUCCAGCACGCCAGAUUGCCCGUCUUGCUCUUCGGCCUGCGUUUCAGCGGCAAGAGCUCCUUGUUGAGCCUCCUGAUCGAGUCCUUACGGCUGGCCAGACCUCAACGGCCCAUCACAAUGGAAAGGAUUUGCAUCGGGGCUUAUGAUGAAGAAGAUUUGAUGAGCAACAUGUCCACGUCCAUCAUUCCUCAGCUUGUCCAGCGCAGUUUAGAUCCGGACAAAGGCGAUCUUCUCAUCGUCCUCAACGGCCUUUGGAUGACGGCCGUCCAGGAUGUCCUGCUGGAAGCUUUAUCGACCGAUGGCCGUGGAAUUCUCAUCCUGCCCAGCACGGAGCAGAUGAGAUUGCCCGAUCACGUCCAUUGGGUCUUUGAGAUGAACAGCAUCGAACACGUCUCUCCAGGUCACGUGGCCCAAUGCAGGCUCAUCCAUCUGAACGGGCAGAGUCAUUUAACGUGGGACAAUCUCGUCCAAUCAUGGUUCGCCACCUUACCGCCAGUCCUCCAUUUUCUCGAUCCGCUUUUGAACAUGAUGCUGCCCGCUGUGCUGGAUUAUAUCGACUCAUCUGUCGAUGACAAGAUGCGAACGGCCAGCGGAUUUCAUCCGAUCAAAGCUGUCAAACACCUGCUGGCCCUCAUCCGAUGUCUGACAGACCCUAGCGCCGAAGCCUUGGCCAAAAAACAGGCCACUUUAGAUCCGGACAUGAGGUCCCAAUUACAAGCGUCCGUCAUCUUCUCCGUCCUGUGGACACUGGCCGUACCGGCGUACAUGGACAGCAAAUCAGCAUUUAGUUCAUUUUUCCACCAACAGAUGGACGUGUGCGUGCUGAAUGGUCAUCUCUUUGCCUCAGCCAAACCGCCAAGCGAUGGAGGGACGGCCUUUGAUUUCAAGUUGAUGCUGCAAUGGGGCCAGUCAGAGGCCGGCAAAUACAACGGGCCGUUAUGGCAAUUAUGGGGCGAAGAAUUGCGUUCAUUGCCUUCGUUGUCCAGGGAAAUCCCGGUCAAUGAACUGUUUAUCGCAACAGCUGAUUCUCUUCGAUGUCAUCAUCUGAUGUCGCUUUUCAUCCAUUGCGGAAUCCCAUGCGUCCUGAUCGGUCCACGUUCGUCCGGCAAAACGGCCACGGCCCGUCAUUACCUGCGUACGAGGCUCAACCGAGCGACGCAUCAAGUCAUCCUCGUCAAUGUGUCGGCAUCGCUUGACGCUUCAACGGCCCAGAAAAUCCUGAUGGGUCAGAUGGAACGUCGUAGAAAGUCCGUCUACGGUCCUACUAUGGGCAAGAAAGCUGUCGUUUUCUUUGAUGAUAUGCAAUCGGAGACGUUGAAUUUCAGGACAUCCAAUCGAGUGGACAUGUUGCUCAAGCAGUGCAUUCAACACGGACAGGUAUUCGAUGGCCUGGAAGGAGGUCCGUCUAAUUUAAUUGACAUCAAUUUCGUGGCUACGAGUCGCGUUUGGGACGAUCAGAUCAACGAUGACGUCGUCCACGACGACGAUGAAACAGACGGACAAAGACAGCCGGACGAGAUUUUGCAAACAUUCGCUCCGAUCAUCACGGAGCCGCCGACUUUGGAAACGUCUUCCACCAUUUUAUACCGGAUGCUCAUGUGGCAUUUAGACGCUCGCGGUUUCGCCAAAGAAUUCGACGCCAUCAUCGACCAGAUGAUCAGCGCAUCGAUGGGCCUUUAUCGCAUCCUCAUCCAAUGCCCAGUCAUGGCCGCCUAUCCUGCCCGUUUCCGAUGCCGCUGGAAUUUGCGAGACUUGAUGCGCUUCACGCACGGACUUUUGUUCUCCGUCCCCGAAACCAUCGAAGACGUCGGCGCCAUGAAACGUCUCUGGCUCCACGAGGCCUGUCGGGUCUACUCGGAUCGACUCCCUCUGACCGAACCGACGGCCCUCGUGGCCCAAUACGUCGAGCAAUCGUGCGAAACUCAUUUCCAGGCGACCGUCAACGACCUGUUCGCCCAAAUGGACAUGGUGGAAUUGGCCGAUCUGGCCGAAAUGAACAUCCAUACCAUUUUCUUCUGCGAUUUCUCCGACCCCAAAUCAGAGUCCAGGAGUUAUGUCGAAGUUAUGGACAUGGAACACCUGACCCGCGUCGUUAAUGGUUACGUCACCGAGUACAACAACAUGAACAAACGGCCGAUGCACUACAUCACCGUCUUCCGCCAUUUAAUGCGCACAAUGGCCAAAGCGUCCAGGGUCCUCAAACAGCCCAGCGGCCAUUUGAUCCUGGUAGGACCCAAAGGCGUCGGACGACACACUUUGGCCCGUCUGGCUGGCCAUGCUUCCGACUCUACUGUCCAUCAAUACGAAUCGAGUUGUCCCGAUGCUGGCGAUAGUAAAGGGACAGUUUGGAACGUGAGCGAUUGGACGAACGCUUUGAAGUUCGCACUCAUCGAUGCUGCUGAUGAUGAUAAAAAGUGCGUCUUUAUUUGCUCCGACGUCGAGUUCCAGCGGCCUGAAUGUCGUUCGCUCGUCAAUCACAUCGUGUCACAUGGAGAUUUAAUGUAUCUCUUUGAUGCUAAAGAGCGGAAUGAGUUGGUGGAACAAAUGAGGGCCAUCGAUCUGCAAAAGGAGAAGACACUUCAGACGGACGGGAGUCCAGCGGCGCUGAAGGCCAUGUUCGAAUCGCGAAUGUGGGAGCAGAUCCGCGUCGUCAUCAUCUUGUCCUGCGAGCAGUACAACGAAAUGAUGUUGAACGAAUGUCCUCAGAUCGCAUCCGCCUGUCAAACCGUAUGGAUCCGCCCGUGGCCGUCUGAUGCUGUCGCCGACAUAGCCUUCAGUUGUUUCAAAGAACUCGACCUCGAUGCCGACCAGAAAUCGUGGCUAAUGGCCGUAAUCAAAUUAGUUCAUGCAACGACCGAAGGAGGGCACCACCAUACAGACCAACCGCUCUGUCAAAGAUACGGUUUGAUGAUGGAUUUCCUUCACGUCGCCGUCUCGUUGACGAGGAACUUUAAACAAGAGUUUAAGAAUCGCAAGGAAUUGUGCUGUCAGGCCGUUGAAAAGCUGGAAAUAGCUGCCCAGCGUGUCUCCGAAAUGGAGGCCGUUGCUCAGCAAUGGAAAGACGCUCUGGCGGAUCUCAAAACAACGCAAGAUUCCUCACGGCCUGAUGAUAAAGUUGCGCGGACGGAACGCGAUAUCGAGCAGAUCUCUUGCCAGAUCGACAGGGCCAAAGAUUUGCUGGCCAGUUUGGACAUCUACCAACAAGUAUGGAGGCGUCAAGUGGUCAGUUUGGAAGAUCGCAUUCGUUGCUGUCAGGCCGAUUGCAGCCUAACGGCCGCCGCAUUAGUUUACGGAGCCGAAUUGAAAGAAUCUCAACGGACGGACAUGUUCCAGAAUUGGGUUGACCAAUGCCGGGCCAUGACACCGGCUGACCAGCCUAGUAUCAUUACCGUCCCAAUAGAUGGCGGUGAUUAUCUUUCCCUAUUAGAGGCCGAAGUCCGCGAAGUGGAAUCCGCCUGGAUCAUGGCCAAUUUGGCCAGAGACGGCCAUUGCAUCCGCAGUGCCGUAGCGUUACGCCACAUCCAGCGCGUCCCGCUCUUGAUCGAUCCGCACAACGUGGCCGAACGCUGGAUCGACACGCUGAAUGCCAAUAAAGAAAAUCGACCCACUUACCUGCACAUGUGCGCCCCGGAUUAUCUGGAACCUUUGGCCGGAGCGCUCCAGCUGGGCACGGUGGUCGUCAUUGAUAUCACGCAGACUGAACUCGAUCCGGCCGUCAUUCCGCUCAUUUUGAAACAGACCUUUACGCAAGCGUCCAAUAAUUACAUCAAAUUAGGCCCCGACGUUGUCGAAUACGCGUCCGAAUUCCAGUUGUACCUGCGCACUCAAUCGACUCUGGAAGACGUCGAUUUGCAACUGCGUCUCUGCGUGACCAUCGUCGAUUUAACUCUGGAACAGCCGGGCAUCAACGACACGCUCGUGUCGGCCCUGGUCAACAGCGAACGGCCGGACACGGAGGAGAAGAUCCAGCUGUGCAAACAAAUGGCGGAGCUUCGUUGCCAGCUCGACGAAACGGAGCAGAGUUUGCUCAACAUUUUAUCCCAAAGCGAUCCAGAUUGGAUUGAAAACGACGCUGUCAUCACGUCACUCUUGCCGGCCAUUACCCAAUCGAAAUUGCUCAAAGAAAAGCUGGACGUCGUGUUGCAGACUCGCGAGCGCAUGGAGACGCAGAGGCAGAGCUUCGCACCGACUGCCAUUUUGGCCGUGCAGAUUUUAUCGUCCCUCUGGCGGAUGGAGGCGCUCUUCCGGCGAUUGCGUUUCCCAUUAUCCAAUUUCUCCGACGCCGUGAUCGCUUGCCUUGAAGAUGGCGAAGGAGAUCAAGCAGACGAAUUCGAUUCUAGUACCAGCACUGGCCGCAAGAUGGCAGCACGUCUCUUUAGUCGCAAAUUGAAAUCGGGACUCAACCGCGUCCAGCGAUUAUUAGCAUCUCUCCUCUUAUCCUAUUGCGUGGCCAGGAGCGAGAAACUCUGCCGGGCAUCGUUCGUCCAUCACCUGGCGUCCGGACAGCUGGACCAGAUCAACACGACGCAUCACAAGGUUUCUAUGGAUGAUUCUUUGGUCACCCCAGAUCCUGAUUGGGACGAAUGGGUGGCAGAAGUGCAGGUGGAGGACAACCGUUGGCGUUUCGCUGCUGCGGUUGAAACGAUGUCGCAAAAACUCUUGAAAAUCAGCCAAAAGGUGGAAUUCAACGAUUACGUGACGUCGAUAGGCGACGUCGGUUGCGUCACGCCGCUGUUGAUGUUCGUCGAGCCGGGAGUCGACUUGUUGGCCGUCAUGUCCAGGUUAUGCCGUGAAUUUGAUUUCCCGGAAGACAGGGCUCGCUAUGCAGCUGUGGCUGGAUUGGAGAGUUUGAACUGGGUCGAAGUGGAGGAUUGCGUUCGUCGAGGCAACUGGUUAGUGUUGCAAGGAUUCGCCCAUCUUCGUUCCAUGGUGAACAAUGUCAGAGUGUUGCUGGAACAUCUGGCUGCUGAUAAUAUAUCUGCCGAAUUCAAGCUGUUUAUCCUCUGGGAUGCGUUUGAUGACGAAAACGAUGACGUUGGGAUUACAUCGGCCGAACGAAGACGAAGACAACUGCCCAAGCUCCUUAUGGAAAAUUGUUUAACCGUCUACGUCGAGCAUGUCCAUACUAUGGAAGACUGUUUUCAGGAAUUCAUCCGGUCUGCAGAUUUCGACCGACUGAUGAACGAUCCUCUGAGGGCGUGUGCCAGUUACCCACUCAAAAUUAAAACAGCCGCUCUGUUGCUAAUCCUCCGGUUGGUCGUCUGGGACCGUUGGGACUGUCUGGUUCCUCUCGUUGAAUUGUGGCAAACUGCGAAACAAAUCGCCACGUUGACGUCCGUUAAAAACCACGACUGGGCCGCCACGUUUCAUCGAGUGACGAUCGGCAAUUUAGAAGAGUACGUUCCAUCCCAGUACCGCCAAGAAUUCGUCUGUCGCUUCCUUCCCGACUUGGUCAACGGCUGUCGGACCGGCUACAAGCGAGCCGUCGAUCAGCUGAUGGACACCUGGUCCUCCAAUCUCACUUUACCUUCCAACGAUUUCCAGUACAUUUUCGAAUGUCUCGUGGACCCCCAAAAAGAAACUCGACGACAGACGCAACUAUCGGAUAGCCUUUGGCGUCAAUUAGUUCGCGGUUUCGGUCAAUCAGCACCUCGUCAUCCGAUGGACGUCACGAUAACAGAUGACGAAGAUGACAACCCCAUUAAUUAAAAACGACAAAAGAUGAUUUUUGAGUUUGUUUUACAAACAUCUUUAAAGAAUAGGUUUUUCGCCAACUGUUAUGUUGCCCUUUGAACGUUGGUCAUGCGUUGAUGUAUGGCCCGGGGCUAUGCAGGGUUCGUACCUUGCGAUGUCGAUCUUUCCUUCUUCUUUUUUUUUUUUUUUAAAGAAGUGAUUGUGUUGACGAAGAAAGAGGCGCAUUCACCAUCCCUGUUCACGGGUGAGGUGUAAAAUCAAGUCAUUGAACCGCAAUUGGAAUUGUGUAUUCAAAAAGACCACGCCCUCGUCACACAGUUGACGGUAGG